GGCAUUUCCUUUAUUUUUGUUUAUGUUUAAAUCCAAAAUCUACUCUCUUCCAUUUAUCAAGGCUUACUUUGUUAAGUGUAUCCAUUUGAGAGAGCAGAAAUGUCCUGUGGGGAGUAUAACAGGGUUGGCCCUCUAUACCCUCUGAGAAAAUGGGUUUCUACUCAGGAUGUUGGCCUGCCACCUUUCCUGGAGACUGGGGAUUCUCAUUGGAUCAAGAAGGGCUUGGCAGCCUGGUCCUGGCCGGGUUGCUUACUGGCGCCUCUGUUUGUGCCCUACAUCUCCGAGCCGAUGCCUCAUUCCGGUCAGAAGGUUAGCAAGUGGAGGGUCAGCAUGGAUUUGUCUCACUUUUCCCCCUCGGAGAUCUCCGUCAGUGUCAGGGAUGGAUUCCUGGAAGUUGGAGGGAAACAUGAGGAGAGGCCUGACGAGCAUGGAUUUAUCUCCAGAUGUUUUACAAGAAAAUACAGGCUUCCAGAUCAAGUGAACGUUACCAAACUUGAGUCCUCGCUCUCCGUUGAUGGUUUCCUGACUGUAGAAGCUCCACUUCCUGAAGCCUCAGCUCCUGCUGCCAUCAUCAUCCCAAUAAAGGUGGAAGCUGAGGGCAAUGGAGAGCCAGAAAUAAAACAAGAAGAUCAGCAGGAAGAAUCUCAAUUAGAGGCCUGCAGUGAUCAGGUCCAGCCCAGCAGCACCACAGCUGGCCUGGAGCAGGGAGACAAGGAAACCAAAGAAAAGCCAGCUGGACAGUCCCAUUCUUCACUGCCUGAGGAAGAUAAAUGCUUAGAGAGCAUCCAAAAGUCUUCUGAGCACCACAAAGUCCCAGAAAGCCAAGAAAGCCUGGGUACAUCCAACCUACUGGAACACAAAGAGCCAGCCGUGGAAGAAGAGAUCCAGGUGAAGGCAGAGGGAGCCGAGGAGCUCGCUGUGCCUGAGGAGCAGGAGCUGGGAUCAGCUCCACUGAGUGACGUCCAAAGCCAGGAGCUGGAGACUGCUAACAUACAGCAACAGCACGCCGACUAAACACAAGAGCAUUAGCCUGCAUUGCCUGCCUUAAACCAGCUCCACAGAUGCCUUUUUGUCAUUAGCUAUA